UAACAUAAAUUAUGAACAUUAUAAUUAAGGGUUUUUUGUUUCGACAAUUUAGUAUUUUAAGUCGAUCUUUUGUCUUAAAAAUACAACAUCCUAAUUUAAAAAAAUUGAAAUCUAUGAAUUUAAAUUCAAAGAUAGAAAUUGCAUUAUAUCAUAGCGAUAAAAUAAUAUCAAAUUUUACGUCAAGACAUUCAUUAUCAAAUAAAAUUGUUGGUUAUUGGUUAUUAUCGUGUAGUGGAAUGGUAUUUGUAGCUGUGACAUUAGGAGGUAUAACUAGAUUAACAGAAUCUGGUUUAUCUAUUGUAACUUGGAAAUUACUUGGAGAAAAAAUACCGUUAAAUGAAGUCUCAUGGCUAAACGAAUUUGAAAAAUAUAAGCAGUUUCCAGAAUUCAAAAUGAUCAACACAAACAUAACACUACAGGAGUUUAAACAAAUUUGGUUAAUGGAGUAUAUACAUAGAAUGUGGGGUCGUUUAAUAGGUAUAUCUUUUAUUAUUCCAGCCAGUUAUUUUUGGAUUAAUAAUAUGUUGAAACCAGGUAUGAAGAAAAACAUAUUAAUAUUAGGUAUUCUCAUUGGUUGUCAAGGACUUCUCGGUUGGUAUAUGGUUAAAUCAGGAUUAGAAAAUGAUUUUAUGAAGCCUUCAGAUAUACCACGAGUUUCACAAUAUAGAUUAGCAGCCCAUUUGGGCUUAGCUAUUAUUAUAUACACUAAAUUUCUAUACACAGCUUUAGAUCAUCUUAUUCCUAAUGAAACUAAUGGCUUUAAUAUAUUUAAAUUAAAAUCAGUCGAUAAACAAUUAAAAUUAUUAAAAAGACUUAAAUUGAUUGCAUAUUCAAGCAAGUGUCUAAUUUUUUUUACAAUAAUUUCUGGUGCAUUUGUUGCUGGAUUAGAUGCUGGAUUAAUAUAUAAUACAUUUCCAAAAAUGUCUAAUAAAUGGAUUCCUGAUGAUAUUUUAUUUUUAAAGCCACUGAUCAAAAAUUUUACAGAAAAUCCUGUUACGGUGCAAUUUGACCAUAGAAUUUUGGCUAUAUCAACCUUAUUUUUAGUUACAUAUUUGGCUAUAAUAUCUAAAAAAUACAAAUUGUGUGGACGUGCUGCUACUGCAAUCCUAGCAGUUCUCAUUAGUACAUAUAUGCAGGCAUUCUUGGGUAUCUUUACACUUUAUAGUUAUGUCUCUACUCAUUCUGCAACUGCCCAUCAAUCUGGUAGUUUAGUACUUUUAAGCACGAUUGUAUGGCUUUGCCAUGAAAUGAAAUGUAUUAAAAAACUACCAAAAUAAAAUAUUUUGUACUUAAGUUAA